AUGGCUUCUGUAUCAACUAAUACAAUUACACAAGGUACCAAGACCUUAAAGUUAUCAGGUAAUCCUUUAGAAAAUGAAAAAACUACACUUAUCAAACAGUUAUCUGAUAAGAUUGAAAAUACCAAACAUGGUGAUUGGAGAGAUGAUUUAUUAAAAGAUGGUUAUGUUGUUGUUAAGAAUGCUAUUUCAAAAGAAAAAGCUCAAGACUAUCAAAAUCAAAUUUUUGAUUGGCUUAGAUCUUUUAAUAAAGGUUGGAAACUUGAUGAUGAAUCAACUUGGAAUGAUAAUCAUUUACCUGAUCAUCAUUGGAAUAAUAUUUAUAGUAAACAUUCAACUUGUCAUGAAAAAUUUUUUUGGGAUAUAAGAUUAGAUCCAGGUUUUAAAGAUAAAUUUGCUAAAUUAUGGGGUACAAAUGAAUUAUUAGUUAGUUUUGAUGCUAUAAAUAUUGCAUUCCCAACAAGAGAUGCUUCAAUUGAACCUAAAUUUUGGCCACAUGUUGAUCAAUCACCAUUUAGAACUGGAUUAAGUUGUGUUCAAGGUAUUGCAAAUUUAAGUGAAGCUGGUGAAAAAGAUGGUGGAUUAGUUGUUUAUAAAGAUUCUCAUAAAUUAUUAGAAAAUUUUUUUAAAGAAGUAUAUGGUGAAGAAAAUUGGGAAUCAAAAGAUAAUGUUCAAAUUUCAAAAGAUCAACUUCAAUGGUUUUUAGAUAAUGGAGCUGAAAAAGUUAAAGUUAUUGCAGAACCUGGUGAUUUAAUUUUAUGGGAUUCAAGAACAAUUCAUUAUGGUUCAGGUCCAGAAUAUGAUAGUAAUAAUAUUAGAACUAUUGCUUAUAUUUCAUAUUCACCUGCAAAUUUUGCAACUGAGGAAAAUUUAAUCAAGAAAAGACAAGCUUUUGAAAAAUGGCAUGGUACUACACAUUGGGCUCAUGAUAAUAUUAAUACUAGAAAUUUACCAGCUUAUUUACCAAAUGGUGAAUUAGAUCCUUAUCAACGUACUGAACCAAAUGUUAAGCCUGAAUUGACUAAAGAGUUGUUACAAUUAGCAGGUGUUGUUCCUUAUUGA